GGCCGGCAGUGCCGCUUCGUCAUUUGUCAGUUGUGAACCCCGCCUCUACGAUAGAAACUACUCACACCCUCGAACAGCUAAGCUUAAGAACAAGAUGAAGCAAGUAAGCAUUGACAGCUCAGCCGGCGGAAAGCCUGGAACAGUAUGGUACCCAUUGAUCCAUGCAGAUGUGAAAGAACCUCGAGCGACCAGCACCCAGUUGCUCAUCAAGAUGCUUGCAGGCGCUUUGAAUCAUCGCGACGUUUUCCAGCGUCAGGCCAGUUAUCCUAACAUGUCUGCAGAGAGUCCUGUUGGUGCAGAUGGAGUCGGCAUUGUUGUUGAUGCGAAAGGCAACUCGUCACUCGCUGGCAAACGUGUUCUAUUGGCACCUGGUCAAGGAUGGGAGUCGAGCCCGCUCGCUCCAGAGAGUGCAUACGGUAUUCUUGGAGGACAAAAAGGUAUGCCCGGAACAUUCGUGGAGUACAAUGCGAUUGAAGCCUCGGAAGUGGUUGAAUGCCCUGCUCACCUUUCUGAUGUCGAGGCAGCAGCGUUGCCACUUGCUGGAUUGACUGCCUACCGCGCCGUUUUUAGCAAAGGUGGCCUCAAGUCAGGUAUGACUGUGCUCAUUACUGGUGUUGGUGGCGGUGUGGCCUUAUUUGCUCUGCAAUUCGCGGUUGCUACCGGUGCCGAUGUAUGGGUCACAUCAGGCAGCGAGCAGAAGCUGCAACGUGCCAAAGAGUUGGGUGCCAAGGGUGGCAUCAGCUACAAGACGGAGAAAUGGGGCAAAGCGCUGGCGAAGCAGCUCGGUCAUAUCAAAUUUGACCUGGUGAUUGAUUCUGCUGGAGGUAAUAUCGUCGCAGAUGUUCUGCCAGUCAUUGCCCCUGGCGCCGCAAUUGUUGCCUAUGGCAUGACUGUGGCUCCGAAAAUCACCUUUUCAAUGAAUGCCAUCUUGGCAAACAUUGAGUACCGUGGAUCCACCAUGGGCUCAAAGCGAGAGUUCAAGGAAAUGGUGGCCUUUGUUGAGAAGCACAAGAUUCGCCCGGUCGUGCACAAAGUAUAUCAAGGAUUGGAGAGCACUGAUGAAGCGUUUGUAGAGAUGCGCGACGGUAACCAGUUUGGUAAGCUGGUUGUGCAGAUUGCGCGCUCUGAGCAGGAAACGAGCAAGCUUUGAUUGUGUAUGCAGGAUUUUGAAUAUAUGGAGCAAGAUCUUGACAAGAUUCGUGCGGUCUUGACUCUUGGCCUGACAGGCACGUGAGGUGCAAGGUGCGGUAGGCACAUACCCGUCAUAUCUUCCGGCAAGCAAAUCUAGGUCCUGAGCUUGAAGCAUGUUGAGGAUACAUCGAGUAGGUCAUGUCAAUGACUCGUGUCUCGUGAGUAGUACUGGUCACGAUCAUGACUUUAUCGCCGUCGCAUUCAAUGGGGAUUCCUGCAUUCGACGCGGUGCAGUUUAGAACUUUAGAGUCCAAGCCAAUCAAGGGCGAGUACGACUUUCAACGGAUUCAUUUCGCAGCGGCCCGCCAUUUU